AUGGCUAAUGGUGUUGCGGUUAAACCGACUAUUUGGUCGGCCGAAAUGCACGAUCCAGAUAUCAAGCGCCAAGCUUUAAAACUGCCAAGCCGUCGAAACACAAAAAUACCCCGCAAUACAGAGGUUUGCCGAUCAGAGCAUGGACGUGAACGUGGGCCAGACGUGACGGAUGGUAGGUAG